AUGAUCAUGAAGACCAUUGCCGUGCUGGGCUUCAUCCCCUUCGCAGGCUGGCUGGGCAUGUCAAACGAGCACGUCUUCAAUCUCAUUGGGACGCUCCUGUUUGUGGACCGCGUGCUGUUCAACGUGGAGGUGCAGGGUGGGAUCGAUUCCAACAUGUCCGUGGCUUGCGUCUUGCUGUGCUUCGUGAUCAACACGGAGAGGGUAUGGACAGCCUAUGUCGACACGGCCCUGGAUAUUGUCCUAAAUGUGACUUGGUGCCUGCUGGCGCUGUUCCUGCUGGUGAAGGAUGAGCUGCCCUUGGGCCACCACUGGAUGAUGUCCCUGCUCCCGAGCCCGGAUAUAAUCAUCGGGGCGGGGAUGUUCUAUGUCCACACCCUGCUUCCGCUGUCCUCCGCCUCCGUGCUCGAGCUCUCCAUACGCGCCAUCGUCUUCCAGUGCCUCUCCGUCAGCUGGUUCUACACCUUCCGGAUGCGGGUCAGGGACCCCCUUGACACCCCCUUCACGCUUUGUAUAAGUAGGUUCUUCCCCGUGAUGUUCGUGGGCCCCAUCGUCGCGUGCGUCUUCGCCGGGAUGGUGUGGGUGUGCAUCAUGGUCAAGUUCUACCGGCAGCAGGGCGAGUUCCGGGCGUAUUUUGUGCAGGUGGACAGGCAUCGGAAGGCCCCCACACCGGAUCCCAUCGAGACCCCCAUCUUGUACACCCAGAGGAGGCAGAGGAACCAAGCCUCCCAUUCCACUGUUUAUAUUCCUGGCUCUCCCAUGCCUGUCCCUUACGAGAGCGCAGAGGACGCGGAGGGCGACGAGGACACCAUGCUGCUCAGGGAGAUGCUGCAGAGGGGCAGGGAGGGGAUCGAGUCCGGGAUGGUUUGA